AUGUCCGUCGAUGGUCGCAUUCUCACGGACCUGCGACGAGUUCUCUCCGAGGCGAGGCCCGUCCCUUUUUUCUUCCUUGUCUGCGGGCCGGCAGGUUCAGGCAAAACGGUUAAUCUCCACGCCGUUCGCGACGGUGCUGGCGCCUACGGAAUGAGCGUGCUGCAUGGCGUGCCCCCAGUGGAGGGUGAAACGGAUUCGGCAACGCCUGAAUGGAGUGAUGCAAAGGUGCGUAUUUUUCACGUGGACUAUAACGCAUUGAGGUGCGCGGAGAGCUGCGCUGCGUCGCUAUCCGAGAUGUACCCGGCAGGCACCGUUGUGCUGCUGGAUGACAUCGAGGCGACUGACUAUCUUCUUGGUUUGCAUGCGUCCUCGCACCGUCUGGAAGCUAUGGUGCGCCGACUGCUCCGCUCGCCACGUUGCGCGUUGGUGACUUCAGCGACUGACGUGCAGCACGUGCCUCAGUGGCUUUUGGCAAUGUGGACCCCUCUUACGUACGAAGUGCCGGCACUCACCUCGAGUGCCGCCCGGCGCCUCCUUCGUGUCUUUGCGGACGCCGAUGCUCUCCUACCGUGUGUGACGGGGGAGAGGGGCGACAAGUUGGUUUCCUGCUUGAGGACGCGGAGGGAGUUGAUGCUGGUGCUCUGCCAUGAGCAAUUCACAAGUCAGAAAUCGGGGACUCCUACUUCUCCUGCGGCGCUGCAAUUUAUUGGCCACACCGCGACUGUGCCAUCAUCGGCGCCUUUGGCCUGUGGGAAGCUCUAUGGACUCGACGCUGUGGUGGAGCGGGUCGAAACGCUUGUGCGACUCUCCAUGGAGCGUGAGAAGCUUCUGGGUCCCAAGUUGCUCGCCGCCGUUGCGCCCACCACCGGAAUUCUCCUCCACGGGCCUUCAGGCAGCGGCAAGACGGCGUUGGCGAAGAGGAUUUCCGCAUCCUACCCUGGUAGAUGCUCCGUCGUUAGCUGCGCCGCCCUGUUCUCGAAGUACCUCGGCGAAAGUGAAGAGCGCCUGCGGGAGGCCUUUCUUAACGCGCGGGUUUGCGCGCCGUCCGUGCUGGUGCUUGACGACGUCGACGUCGUUGGAACGUCACGCGGUGCCUUGACGGAUAGUGGCGCCGGGGAAGGCCUUAAUGUGGCAAAACGAAUGCUGGCGGCGCUUCUCUGCGAGUUGGAUGGUCUGCUUGACAAUAAGCGCGUCCUGGUGAUUGCCACCACCAAUGUGCCCGGGACGCUUGACGGUGCUCUUUUGCGACAGGGCCGCUUUGAGACGCUUCUUUACGUCCCACCGCUGAGUUUUGAGGCCGCAGAGGAAAUGGCACUCGACUUCUUCGCCAGGUUUGACGGCGCGACAGUGACGGCGCUGGAAGAGUUAAGUCGUCUCGUGGCGGGCCACGCGGAGGGCUGCGCUGCGGCCGCGUUGAAAGCGUUCCUUCGCGAGGUCUUUGAGCAGCAGCAGCAACAACAACAACAGCAGCAAAAUGCUGGGGCGGGGGAAACUCUGAACCUGCCUCCUGGUGAGGAGGCGAAUAUUCUUUUGCCGAGUGAGGCGCUGGUUCAGGCCGCGCUUGCGAGAACUACUCUGCUGCAGCGUGCUACAUACGAGUUUAGUUCGCUCUAG